GACUACGUAAUGUCACUCUACAGCUCACGACAUAGCCAUGCUUCGUCGUCUUCGAGCCACAGCUCAUUUCAUCGGCUAUUCAAGUUCACAAAGUCAUUCGAAAAAGGUGCCUUCUCAGUCAUCUAUGCUAUGACCAAAGGCAACACCUUUCCCAAGAUAUUGACAAUCAUUAGCACAAUCAUUGAGUUCAUUCAGUUGGCAUCAUUUGGAUUCAAACCAAGCUUCCCAUGGGGAGGACAGGCAGGAUAUUGGAUACCUAGGAUAGUGUCACCAUUCUCUCAUCCAUCAAACCUGUUCAACUAUUAUGGCUACCAGGUGUUAUACUUGAUUGUAGUGUCGUUCAUGUUGCUAGGCUUCCUCAACAUGAUCUACGUCGGCUACAAGUUCUAUCAGGGCAAGAUAGCCAACAUCUAUACGAUUCGUACGCUGCGCUGGUUCGUCAGCUUCACCGUCAAUGUACUAUACAUACCAAUCCUCUCGCUGUUCCUCAUCAGUGUGAACUGCGAGCAUGUCCCGUCCCUGGGCUACUCAGUGCUGGCCAAGUAUGUCAGCACCGGUGAGCUAAUCCAAUGCUUUGGCGGUACCAAUCUACCCUAUGCCAUUGUAUCAAUCGUCCUCAUUGUCAUAUUCAGUCUUAUCUCAUUCCUCAGUCAACUCACCUACUAUGAGUAUGACACAACAUGCAAGACCAGGUUCGCCAAGCCACAUGCAAGAUUCGACAUGUCAAUCUUACUUGUCAAGACCAUUCUAUCACUAUUCUUCACUCUAUUAUCAGAGUAUCGUUGGGUACUUUGUAUUACAUACUUCCUCGGUAUGACUUGGCUUGUAUUUGGAUCAACAUUUAUGCUUCCAUUGAAUAAUCAGAGACUCAAUCAAGUACGUGACAUUGACCGCGCCAACCUAUUCUACCAGUGCGGUCUCCAGUACUUCCCUCGCUCAACCCUGGUAUGGAUGGCCUACACCAACUACCUGAUCUCCAUUCGCAAGGAUCGUCACAUUGGCUAUGCUUCACUCGAGAAGCUGCGCUCACUGUCGCCACGCAUGAUCGACAUCCGAUUCUUCCUCUACCAGCGCGACCGUGAGCGCGAGCAGAUGAUGGACUCUGAGCUGCGUGGACCACACGCUGGCAAGAUCGAGGACUUUGUCUCGUACAUGGAGUUCAAGAAGCUGUACUCUGGCGCCCGUCGCUACCACUCACAGUGUCUCACCUACAUUGGUCGCUUCUGGAAGAUCCUUUCAUAUGAGACCAUCGACCUCAGCCGUCUGUCUGCGCUCUCGGGCAGGAUCGCCUCUCGUGAGAGUCUGGCCACAGAACAGUAUGAGCGUCUACUCAGCCUCAACCCCAGCUCGGUGCGUGUUCUACGAGACUACUCCCAAUUCAUUGAGGACGUUGUCAAGGAUCGCUACCUGGCCGCCAAGCUCGCCAAAAAGGCCGACCGCAUCGAGGAGAGCAUGAGCAAGUCACUCUCGCUUGAACAUGAGGGUGGUGCAUCCAGCAACAACAUCCACGCCCAACUGGACGAACACAAGGACAAGGGAGGAUUCAGCUCGGGCGACGACACUUCAGAGUCGAGUGGAUCAAGUGGCCGCAAGUCAUCGCGUCGUUACCAAGAGUACCAACAGUCCAACUCAAUCACCAAGCUGUCAUGGCUGAUGUUCUUCACCUCCCUGCUGUCGCUGGCCUUCCUCAUUGCCUGUCUGGUGGUGAUGCGCAAUCAAACUUACGAUCAGAAAAUGUACGCAUUCGCUCGCAUGAACAAUCUUGACGGUUUUGAACAGAUGCGCAAUUCAACCAAAGGCUACGUCAACUCGCUGGAGAACAUACAUCGGGCGAUCUACUGGGGCGAGACACAGCCUUACAGCUUCGUCGGACCAAUCUUUAGCGACCUGCUCAAACAAAAGGGCUACCACGUCUACGACAUUUCCUCGCGUGUGUUUGACUACAAGGAGUUCAACAAGACCAGGCCUGUUGAUACAUCGUCCAAGGAGCUCAACACCCUGUACAACACUCCGAGCUUCACCCUCAACUUCUACGUGACAAUCAAUUCAUCGAAUAUACCCAUGAAGUACAAUGGCUGGAAGGCUGGCAACCAGUUUGUGGGAUCUGGCUUAGAGGUGCUCGAGUCUGAGAUGCCCGACUGGAUCGUGCCAGGCUUCCAGAACAGCACGCACUAUCAAUUCGUCGUGAGCAAUGGCCCACAACUGAUGACACAGGCCUACUUUGACAUCCAGCUGGCCUACAUCACCAAGAACCAGAACGAAGCUUUGAACAAUGUCUUCCUUAUCCUCAUCCUCUGGGGAUCCAUCUUUGUUCUGUUCGUGUUGGUGGCAGCACUCCUUCUUCGAACCGUUGUCGUCAGGAUCACACGCGAGACCCUUCGUACGAUGAUGCUGUUCACCUUGGCACCGCGCAGUCUGGUUCAGAUGAUGUGUCAGCGAGAGUACAAGUUGUCCAACCUUGAGAGUAGUUCAGACCGUGACUUGGAUUUCUACAACGAAAAUGAGGAGGAGGAAGAAGAGGAGCCAGUGGCCGAUGAGGAAGUAGAUCGCCCAGCUGAUGGAGAGAAGGAGCAUCAACAGUUGCGCCAGCGCAACGUCAAGGAGAAACAGGUGGAUGAAGAGAAACAAUCACUGUUGCAACAAAACAACGAGGAUGAGUCCACGGCACUGGAGAAGAGGAACGUCAACAAGAAGUCACUAAGAUCCGUGCACAUGAAACUCCACUACUCGUACAUCUUUGCCCUGACCAUAUUGUUCGCCAUCAUUACCAUGUCGUUGUUUGUGUCAUUCUCCGAGACACUCAAGGACAUUGGAGCUGGCAACGAGCUGACAGACAGCGCACAACGUUCCGGCUCGGCAGACAUUAGCAUCUUCUACGCCUUCACCUAUGCCACGUCCAAGAACCCCCUCCACGCACAGUACCUCAUCAACGCCACCAACACAAUGCAGCGUCUACACCAGUCUCUGCAGACCAUGCCUCAGACCCGCACUUUGAUGGAGGGUGGCUAUGGAUGCUACAUGAUCGACCAGUCCAGGUGCCGCACACCCGAGGACCCCUACUACUUUGACGUGUCUCUAGGCCUCGACUGGACCAUCAAUCAGUUCGUCCAGAAUGCCAUGGAGAUUGCACACGUCACCAACGUGUCCAACCUGUCUCCCAUGAUGGAGCCACUGCAAUGGAUCUCCCAGGUGGGAUCCAACGAAGUGUUUGACGGUAUGAAGAUCGCUACAUAUUUGUUCUACAAUCAUUGGCAGACCAUCCAGGAUGCAAGCGUACGCAACCUGACCAUUGGAUACGCAGUUGGACUUGUUGCCAUUGUACUUGUCUACUUCCUGUUGUUCCGUCCAUUCAUCAGUCGUCUGCGAGUUCAACACACUCACACUCUAGCACUUCUCCGUCUGGCGCCCAAGGAGAUUCAAAUGAUCGACCUCGACGACAAGGUCAUCUAU